ACUAAAAAGAUGGAACAACUUCCGGUUUUCCGCAUUCUUCCAAUUCGGGAUGAUGAAGAAAUGCAACAAGAAAAUGGUGGCGAUUAUGAUGGCGAUGAUGAUAACGACGAUGACCCUGAUGGUGAUGACGUGAAUUACAUACAGAUAUUAAUUGGCCGAGAACUCGCCACCAAUCGACUUAACGAUCAACAAGUUGAAGGACUUGUCAAUGACAAUUGGAAUCAACAAAUUCGAACUCGUGCAAUCCGUUACAUUCGUAGAACAGGGCGAAUAUUUCAAUUUAGCAGACGAACACUUUACAGAUCAGUGAUAUAUCUGGACAGAUUUCUUGCCUAUCGAGUAAUAGCUAAUGGACAGCUCUGGGCAGUGAGAUUAAUAGCAGUGGCUUGUUUAUCAUUGUCUGCAAAAUGA